AUGAGUAAUCAGAGACCAAUAAGACUUGCCAUACUUGGUGGAGAAGCCACUGGAAAGAGCUCACUAAUUUCCCGCCUCACUGUCGAUAUUGUUCAUGAGGUUCACUAUCCCACAAGAAAACAAGCGAAUUGGUUAUUCGACUUCACACCGCAUUCAAUGCUAGCUAAGACUUUGCUGGAUGGCCAAGCUCACGAGAGGCUGAUGCAGAGAACGCCUAGUAGCCAGCGGGUUGAACCAAUCUUUUCAUCACCGUCUGUAUCAGCAAAUGUAUUAUUGUCGCCAUUGGUGUACCAGUCUUUCCUAAACGACUAUACCUUUGUGAAAGAUAUUCACAGCAAUCGCUCAACUAAUCAGCUUAAAAAUGUUGAUUUGAAAGGUCGAGACACACCCUUUUACUCGUACCUGGAACCAGAUAAAGAUCUAAUAGACUCCAAACUUCACAACAGUAUAACGAAUUCCAACGCAAACAUUUUGCGUUCUAUUUCUUCGCAUUCCUCGACCGCAGCUCAAUCCAUAAAGUCCGAUGAGCUACCAAAUACCAACAAUAACUACUUGCCUCCGAAUUACUCAUCCAUAUCUAUUGAUAUUAUUGACACUCCGGGGUUUAAACCAGACAUGGUUGUGCCAUUCUUGGAAGUUUCAUUAUUUACCAAGCUAGAUAAGAGAGUAUUGCAGGGGUUAGCCGAAGGUCCACGACAACCAGUCUCAACCACGUCAAUGCUGACUGCUUCAGGAGCUUCAGAACUAAAUGGAAAGGUUGAUGGUUAUGUUUUUGUUUAUAGUGCAGUUCCAGAACUAAAUCGCGGUGCGGACCCACCAGGUUACGAAUCUUCAUCAGCUUCUGGUGGCAAACCUGAAAAUGCCAGUAAUGAAGAUGCUCCAAAUUCCAAACGCAAGGAUUCAUGGUCUAGUUUUGAUAAGCUAGCGGAUGGUGGGUUUUCUUUACUUGAGGUUAUUAGGAACUGUAUAUUAGAUGCUUGGACAGAAUAUCGAGAUUACGAAAAAAGGUGGAAAUUGGGCAAAGAGGGCGAUGUCUACUCUUUGAUUUACAGUUUAAAGAGUAUGUGGAAAUCCGAGAAAGAGAGACGUGAGAAGUUGAAGCAGCUUCGCAGCUUUACGACGAAAUUGAACUCCUUGAAUCUCGAUCCUUCAAGUCCUGAUUCUCCACCUCCGUGCCUCAUCGUCUGCACUCAUGUGAAUGAUCCAAUGGCAAGCCCUAUUCUGAUUGAAUCCGGUAAGAAUCUUGGAAUGAAAUGGCAGAGUGGCUUUGUGGCAAUAGAUAGUAUGGAUGACUUUAAUGUCGACAUCGCUCUCAGUUUAAUUAUUAGGGAAAUAGUGGAAAAGAAUAAACUUUUGUCUCACAAGAGAUCAAACAGUUUUACUAAUAGUGCCAAUCCGAUUAGAAACCUUGUUAAAAGUUGA